AUGAUCUGGGAAAUCAUAAAAGUUUCACAUUAUUUGAUUUCGAUACUUGGUAUUGUUUUUCAUAUUUUAUUCAUUCGCUUUGUCAUCUUUUCAAAAGUUUUAGAUGGUUACUGUAGGUAUGUAAAAUAAAUAUUUUUGAUUAAUUUUCAAAUCGACAAUGAAUAUUUAGAACAACGUCUUUCCUAAUUUCAACCGGACAAUUGGCUGUUUUAUUUUCUUACCCAAUUUCGAUAUCACUAUGUUUUUCAAUGGGUUUUGAAUUUGAACAAAAUGAAUGCGUUUAUUCGAGUAAGAUUAUUCUGACUUGAGAAGAAGAAUAUAACAAAUAUUUUUGAUUUCAACUUUUUUUCAGAUGAAAAUCAAAUUUUUCGAUUAAUUCAUAUUUAUGGUGAAUACACAACAAUUGGCCCAUUAUUCAUUUUAAUCUGUGAUAGAUUGAUAUCAGUCAGAUUUUUAAAGUUUCAUGGAUCAAAAGAAUACCAAUAUAUUUUCUUUUUUUGCUCUCAUUUUUCAUUGUAUUCUUUUGUUGAUUUAUAUCCGAUUUUUAUAUUUUGGAGAUUCGGAUUUGGGUUCAGCACUUUGUUUAUUUUCAAAAUUCAUCAUAGUUAUAUUUUGUGCAGUUGUAAGUAUACCUAAUAGAUAAAUUACCAACUGAAAAUUGUUUUUUUUUUAAAGUUUUCAAUUUAUAUCAAAUGUGUAUCAAAAACAAUAUAUUAUGAUAAUCAAGGAAAAGUUUCACUUGGAAAUCGAUAUAAGGUUGUUAAGAACAUAGAAUGCGUCAUAAAUAAUAGAAUAAUUUGAUUUCAGAUUUCUCAGUCUUACGAGAUUAUAAAAAGUUAUAUUCCGCCAAUUUUCUUCAGCGUUGUUCUGAAAAUCAUAAUUUUCGGGUUGGCAAUUGCUUUCCUUUUCCAUCAAAUUCAAAUCGAUGGAAAAUUAUACAUGAUUUAUAGUUUGGUGGGUAUUCUUUUAAAAAAACAUUAUUUUAUUUUCAAAUUGAGAAAUUUUCAGUUUCUAAACACCGAAGCUUCAAUUUUCCCAGUUUUAAUAAUAUAUCUCCAUCGCCAUUUUCGCAACAAAAUUGUGGUUUUUCUACACUUGAACAAAGUUCAAAAUACAAAAAAUGUCGAAGUUCACGCGUUAACUGGAACUGUGUUGAAUAACACAACAACACAGGAACAAUAUUUUGAUGGACUCAAAACAACAUGGAAAUAA